AUGAAGGCAACUUCUUCAACAGGGUCGAAAAAACGCAUGGCCAGCCAAAACCAAAGGGUGGCGUGGUCCGCCCGGACCGAAGAGCGCAUCCGCAUAUGGUUGGCGAUGCUGGCGGCCAACAUUGUCAAGUUCCCGCACGCCUUCAUUCUGUGGCCCUCCUCGGUCUCCUUCACCCUGGCGUACCCCUACAUCAUUCUGCUGGUGUCGCUGUGCAUCCCCACCGUGUCGGUGAGCGAUGUGGGCGCGGCUAACACUUCCAGCGCAGCGCUCCGGGUACAGCAGACGAUAUUUGCGACCGACAACUCGGUGUUCGGACCAGAGUUCAUGGGCUCUAUUGCCCCCAUUCUCGACACGCUGCACCCACAGCUGGACAGCUACUACGACAAUGUCACCGACAGCAUCGACCUGGGCCGCAUCCAGACCUCGCAUCUGCUGUCGUACCGUGAUCUACCCCAGCUGCCCCAGCCGCCCAAGCUGCCGCUGCCGUUGGAUCCUACUCUGGAGACCCUUCUCGAGACGCUCUUCUACCACCCCAGGGUGCGCAACGGCCAGUUGGUGGACGCUGAGGGGCUUAUUCUCACGCUGGUGGAGCGUGUAGACGGAGAGACUGUUGAUAACACACCCGCACAGACUACGUGGCGCCGGAUUCUCAACAGCCCAUCACACCGACGACAACUCACCCCCACACGACACAGGGUCCAGCGGCUAUCGGAGCCGUUCGGCAAGUCGCUGCUAGGACUGCUGUACGAGUCGCAGCGGUCCGUGUCGCACCGGCUCGGCGAAAUCACGCUUUUCGCGGCCUACCUGCUGCUGUUUGUAUACAUCAUUCUGUCGCUGUCAAACAUCACAUCGGUGCGGUCGCGGUUCGGACUUUUUGUGUCCUUCUGCGUCCAGUGCGCGCUCUCGGUGCUGUCGGCAUGCACCAUCAUCUCGCUGUUUGUGCCGGCGUUUGUGCCCCGCUCCACACACUGCUUUGUGCUGUUCCCGUUUAGCGUGGUUGUCAUCGGCACCGGCAACAUGUUCAGACUUGUCAAUGCCGUGAGCCGAACGCCCGAGGAGAACCACCCCUUCACACGGCUCAAGACAGCUCUACUGGCCUCCGCGCCUCUCACAAUCAAACAGGUGGCCGUGGACGUGUCCAUUUUCGUCCUUGCAUCGGCCGCCUCCUAUUCACACUUCCCGCAGGCGUCCAUGGUCUUUCUGGCGUCAGCGCUAGCCGUACUCAUUGAUCUGACUCUGCACUUCACCUACUUUCUGUCGGUGCUGUCAGUGGAUGUCCGACGAGUCGAGCUGGAAGACCUCAUCUCCACGGAGCUUCCCAUUGACCGGUUCGAAAACUCGUCCGGUGAAGACGGACGACGCCUGAAGCUCCACCAGCGAGCGUUUGUGUACCUGCACCCGUCGUUCCACAAUAUUAAGCUGCCCUACACGACCCAGACUACCACAGCAGUCUUCAUUGUGCUCUACAUUGCGGCUAUUCUGGUUGGAUUGCCUCCCAGCCGCUACGGAGUCGACUCUGUGGCUCUGUUCACGCCCAGCAUGGUCAAGUCAGUUGUUUCGCAAUCCGUGGACGUCAUUUCGCCGCUCAUUGUGCGCAAAUAUGGCUCGUCAGCAACAGCCGCUUUUCUGUAUUCUGACGGAGACGUGCUGUCGUACCUGCCGUCGGUUCGAAUAUCGUUUGCGCUGGAGUUUAUCGCGUCCUUGACCUUUAUUCUCUCGCUUACAGGCAUCAUUCUCAAGGUUAUUUUGCCUCCUGAGCCAGAUGCGAUCGAUGAGGUGCCUGUAUCGGAAAAUCAGUUUUUCGCCAAGGAUCUCAUUGGGUACCACAUGCUGGACAUCCUGCAAAUCUACACUCAGGGCUCGCAUGUACUGACCGUGUCUAUGGACCGAAAAGUGUUUUUGUGGAAUGCCGUUUCGGCCGGCUCACACCGUGGAACACUCGUGGACAAACCUGUGUCCAUCCCCGUGCACCGCAAGUACUGGCCGCUGCACUCGUGCGAGCUCAACACGUCGCACCAGCUCGUGGCGAUGUUUUCCAAGUCGCACAGCACCGUGAUUGUGUUCAACUAUCGCAUUGGGCAGGUGGUAACAUGCCUAGAAUCCCCUCUCUUCAGACACAAGCCCGUGUUGGCGUUUUUCCGCAACACAGACCUGCUGGUGGUGACUUCCUGCGGUUAUCUGGUGGUUGUUCACACCUCAGACGUGGAUGCAGGCACCAUUUCAGCUACUCGUGUGCCUGUGGAUAUGCUGACCAAGUCGAUCACAGCUGGCCCCGGCCCCGUUCCCGACCAGCUGCAUCUCGACCACCACACCAUCAUCUGGGCCUCCCGCAUCAAUACCCCCCGCAUGAUGGAGCGGAUCGUCAUGGCGUCAGCAUCCAACAAGAUCUUCAUUGUGUCGCCGAUGCGCAAAAAGUGGAUUUUCCGGGUCCUGGAUCUCCAGGAGAUUGGCUCUCACCACUCUGCACCCGGUCCCGGUGGCCCCAUGGGGAUGGGACGCUUUGCCGGCGUUCACAUGAUGACUGGAGGAGGUGCGGCAGCAUCGCGGCAGUUCCAGUUGCCCUCCGACAUGGUGGAGUUGGUAGCUUUGCCGCAGCUCAACAUGGUGCUCAUUGGUAUCAACCUGGAGGUGCUGCUGGUGGACCUGCAGACCGGCACGGUGGUCAAACGCAUGCAUGUGGGCCAUUACAAGCGCGGAACUCUGCGGGCGUUCCACUCCAACCCCAUUCAUUGCCGGUUCUGUGGCUCUACGUCUAUUGAGUCUAUUUCGGUGGCCUACUCAGACUACGAAACUCUCGGGCUCGUCAUCUGCCAUACGGUAACUCUAGACUCGCGGUCCAAGUCCAACAUUUGCUUGCGAGUGGAGCGAGAUCCCCGAGAAAUCCGAUGCCUGUCGUUCGAGGCGUCGCAGGAGAAACAGCAUUGGAUGAGCAACGUCGAAGGUUGGGAGACGACUGGCAUCAACAUGAUCAUGGGUGUGUCGCGCAAACAGCAGCCGAACGAGGCCGACACGGGCGAGAUCAUCUCCUAUAGCGACCCCGUGCGAGACACGUCGCUAUUUGGAACGUCUGCAUCUCCCUACCAGACCCCCGACUCGGUGUACUCGCGGCUCAACGCCAUGAGCUCUCACAACAAGAGGCAGCUGAGCUCGGUGAUUGAGAAGCGACCUCCCCUGGCAGUCACAUGGGAGGGCUGGAUCAUGAGCGCGUCGGGCAAGGUGUCGUAUUACGACAUUCCCGAAACGUCGCUCAUCAACCAGACCAAGAACAAGCAGCAGCAGAGUGACAGCGGCGACUGCUCGCAAACGGUGCCUGGCGUCGGGCUGGCCACACAUCUGCCCAUGGGUCGUCUUCUAAUCGGAUCGGUGGGCCCUGUCACGCGCUACGGCACAAAGUCCAUUGCCGUGGUGUUUGGAAACAUCAUCAAGAUUCUCUAUUUCGGCAACGAGGAGUCUUUUGUCGACGAGCUUACCCCCAACGAGACGGCGUCAAUGCCCGGCACCCCGCUGCUGGCUCCCAAAAAAUGGCGGCGAGUCUCCAUGAACUCGGUCAAUACAAUGAAUUAG